AGAAGAGAAGAAAACGAACCAGUAACAGUACGCGUGUUUACAACUGUGUUGGCUAUAAACAACAUAGCAGCUGUUGUGAAAUUGCAUUGUGUUUCAGUCAGGCUUGAUUUGCAAACAAAAUUUUUUAGACAAAAUGGGACCACCAAAAAAAUCAAAAAAAGACAAAUUUGGUUCAGAAAAAUUUGGUAAAAAACGCCGAGCUGAAGAUGAUGCAUAUUCACAACUGGUCGAUGACAAUGACACCAUGGAAUUUAGCGAGGCGGAUGGAAUUCCGGGAGCGGCUUCCAAAAAUGCCGAAACCAAUGAUGAUGGCAUUAUGACUGAUGAAUAUGGAGCCAAGGACUAUCGUUCACAAAUGGACCUUAAGUUGGAUCACGCUAACCGUCCCCUGUGGGUGGCUCCCAAUGGCCAUAUAUUUUUAGAAUCCUUUUCUCCGGUCUACAAACAUGCUCAUGAUUUUUUAAUUGCCAUUUCGGAACCCGUUUGUCGACCUGAACACAUCCAUGAGUAUAAGCUGACGGCAUACAGUUUGUAUGCUGCCGUCUCUGUGGGCCUACAGACUCACGAUAUUGUGGAAUAUUUGAAGAGAUUAAGCAAAACCACUAUACCCGAAGGCAUUGUCGAGUUCAUUAAAUUGUGCACAUUGUCCUAUGGCAAAGUGAAAUUAGUUUUGAAACAUAAUCGCUAUUUCAUUGAAUCGCCGCAUCCGGACAUUUUGCAAAAACUUCUAAAAGAUCCGGUUAUACAACAGUGCCGUCUCAAGCGUGAAGAAGGUGAAGGAUUUAUCGAGGGGACUUUGGAAAAACAAGCCAUUACACAAUUUGGUACAAAGAUUCCGGAUAAUGCGCCAAAGACUGAUGCUAAAAGUAUUCCUAAUGCUACUACAACAACAACAACCAAUGCCGACGGCACUGUAGCUGUACCUGACGACAUCACAAACUUCUAUGAUAAAAUCGACAACGAGGAAGAGGACGAAGACGAGGCGAAUUUAAAUACUGUCUCGUUUGAAGUGAGUCAGGAAAAGAUUGAAGUCAUUCAAAAACGUUGCAUAGAAAUUGAACAUCCUCUGCUGGCAGAGUACGAUUUUCGAAAUGAUACCCACAAUCCCGACAUUAAUAUUGACCUAAAGCCUGCUGCUGUACUAAGGCCAUAUCAAGAAAAGAGUUUGCGUAAAAUGUUUGGUAAUGGUCGAGCCAGAUCUGGCGUUAUUGUACUCCCUUGUGGUGCAGGCAAGUCAUUGGUUGGAGUUACCGCUUGCUGCACUGUGCGCAAACGUGCCUUGGUUUUAUGCAACAGUGGUGUCUCUGUAGAGCAAUGGAAACAACAAUUUAAAAUGUGGUCCACGGCCGAUGACAGUAUGAUCUGCAGAUUUACAUCCGAGGCUAAAGAUAAACCCAUGGGCUGUGGCAUUCUCGUAACUACCUACUCCAUGAUAACACAUACGCAAAAGCGUUCCUGGGAAGCCGAGCAAACUAUGCGUUGGCUGCAAGAACAAGAAUGGGGUAUAAUGGUUUUGGAUGAAGUACACACCAUACCUGCAAAAAUGUUCCGCAGAGUUUUAACCAUUGUCCAGUCUCAUUGUAAGCUUGGCCUUACUGCCACACUCUUGCGUGAGGAUGACAAAAUAGCAGAUUUGAAUUUCCUUAUCGGCCCUAAACUCUAUGAAGCCAAUUGGUUGGAACUGCAGAAGAAAGGUUACAUUGCCAGAGUUCAGUGUGCCGAAGUUUGGUGCCCUAUGUCUCCAGAGUUCUAUCGCGAAUAUUUAACGACAAAAACUUCAAAGAAGAUGCUUUUGUAUGUCAUGAAUCCCUCCAAAUUCCGCAGCUGUCAAUUCUUAAUUAAAUACCACGAAACGAGAGGAGACAAGACCAUUGUCUUUUCUGAUAAUGUGUUUGCUUUAAAACACUAUGCCAUCAAAAUGAACAAGCCCUUCAUCUAUGGCCCUACUUCCCAAAAUGAGCGUAUACAGAUUUUACAAAACUUCAAAUUUAACCAAAAAGUGAACACCAUCUUCGUUUCAAAAGUUGCCGAUACAAGUUUUGAUUUGCCAGAAGCAAAUGUACUUAUACAGAUUUCGUCUCACGGUGGUUCACGUCGUCAAGAAGCACAACGUUUGGGUCGUAUUUUGCGUGCGAAAAAAGGAGCCAUAGCUGAAGAAUACAACGCAUUCUUUUACACACUUGUAUCACAAGACACAAUGGAGAUGAGUUAUUCCCGCAAACGUCAACGUUUCUUAGUGAAUCAGGGUUACAGUUACAAAGUUAUUACUCAUCUCAGUGGCAUGGAUACAGAUCCAGACUUGUUCUACAAAAAUCGUGAGGAGCAAGCACAACUAUUGCAACAGGUAUUGUCAGCUUCAGAUUUGGACUGCGAAGAUGAGAAGGUGCCAGGAGAGCCAGGCUAUAGACCGAAUGCUUCGACAUCAUCGAAACGAACUGGUGGUCUUAGUUCCAUGUCCGGUGGAGAUGAUGCCAUUUAUUAUGAACAUCGCAAAAAGAAUUCCGGAAAUAUACAUCCCUUGUUUAAGAAGUUCCGUGGUGUUUAAUCUGUUCGUACCUAUUUUCAGUACAUAUUCUAAUACUGUUUGUGCAUGUAAUGCUGGUUUCUACAAUUAUUCCUUUAAUAAAUUAUUAUAUGGAAAACUUGA